AUGGCAUCGUCUGAUUUUACUUUUGAAACCUUCUUUAAUAUCGUCAAAGGCGAGCAUCGUACCUCUGACAAAACAGUCUUUGGUAUUGAUCCCUCAACGGAGUCGAGGUUGUGGGACGUGCCAGUGGCCACUACACGGGACGUCGAAGAUGCCGUCGAAUCUGCCAACGAAGCAUUCAAAACGUGGUCCACAACGCCUUUUGAGCAACGAGUGAGCAGAAUCUCUCAGUGGAAAGAGCUCUAUAAGCAGUACGUUGAGGAUUUCACCAACCUGCUUAUAGCGGAGUGUGGAAAGCCGCGCUCCAUAGCGGCCGGCGAGGAGAACGAGAUCCUCGCUCUGUUCGACCACAACUUGCAGCUUCGCAUCCCGGAGGAGCGGAUCGAGGACGAUACGCGCAUUGCUGUCACGCGCCAUGUGCCCAUCGGGGUCGUCGCUGCCAUCUGCCUGUGGAAUUUCCCUUUGGUGUUAUCCGUAGGAAAGAUCCUGCCUGCGUUAUUAACCGGGUGUUCAAUCAUCGUUAAGCCAUCCCCUUUUGCCCCGCACUCGGCACUUAAAAUGGCCGAGCUGGCGCAGAAAGUUUUCCCCCUGGGUAUCGUCCAGGCCAUUGGCGGCGACGACUCUAUAGGCCCAGCGCUAGUCAACCACCCUGAUGUCCACAAGAUCAGCUUCACUGGUUCCAGUGUUACGGGAAAGAGGAUCAUGGCAUCGGCAGCUGCGACAUUGAAACGGGUGACCUUGGAACUGGGCGGUAACGAUCCGGCGAUCCUCUACCCGGACGUGGACAUAGAGAAGGCCGCUGCCGAAGUGGUGCAAGGCUGUUUCGUCUUCUCCGGCCAAGUGUGUGUCGCCACAAAGAGAGUCUAUGUGCACGAGUCUGUCUACGAGCCAUUCUUGAAAGCCAUGGUGGACGCGGCUUCCCAAAUUGAGGUGGGCAAGGCUGACAACCCGAGGACGACGAUGGGCCCGAUGCAGAACAAGAUGCAGUAUGAGAAAGUCCAGGACCUGGUGGCCGACACUAGAGCCCAGGGCUACAAAUUUGCUCUCAGCCCACGCCCUAUCGCUUACGGCGAGGGCUACUAUCUCUCUCCAAGCAUCGUCGACAACCCGCCUCCGACGGCAAGAAUAGUUAUUGAAGAGCAGUUUGGUCCAAUUGUGCCAGUCCUCAAAUGGUCAGAUGAAGCGGACGUCAUCGCCUGCGCCGAUGGAACCUCGUCAGGCCUUGGGGCGUCCGUGUGGAGUGCUGAUACUUGUCGGGCUGAGCGGGUUGGCAGGCAGAUGCAGGCCGGCAGCGUCUUUGUGAAUUGCUGGGCCAAGACGACGCCGUGGGCGAUGUUAUCUGGGCACAAGGAGAGUGGCAUUGGGGGUGAGUGGGGUUCCACCUGGUUUCUUCAGUACUGUAACACGCAGGUCGUACAUGUCUUCAAGUGA